AUGAACCCUGUUGGGCUCAGGACGUGCAGCAGGGACCGUGCGGGGUCCGGCCCGUUGCCCUUCAGCGUCAAGUCGCUGCUGCAGGCAGAGCACUGGCUGGGCGCGGAGCCCGCGGAGCCCCGGGAGGAGAGGCCGCGGGGCGCCGCGGAACCCCGGGCCUGGGUCCCGGCGGCCGCCCCCUUGUCCUCCCCACGUCCGCGGUCUCAGCCGGGACACGCAUCCGGAACCGUCCUUGGCGCGCACUGCUGGCGUUUGAGCGUCCGCUUUGUGCUCUCUUUCCCCCUAGGCGCCCCCAGCCCUCCACCCUGCACCCUCAGGAAACACAAGAACAACCGCAAGCCGCGGACGCCCUUCACCACCGCGCAGCUGCUGGCGCUGGAGGGCAAGUUCCGCCAGAAGCAGUACCUGUCCAUCGCGGAGCGCGCCGAGUUCUCCAGCAGCCUGAGCCUCUCCGAGACGCAGGUCAAGAUCUGGUUUCAGAACCGCCGGGCCAAGGCCAAGCGACUGCAGGAGGCCGAGCUGGAGAAGCUGAAGCUGGCGGCCAAGCCGCUGCUCCCCUCGUUCGCUCUGCCCUUCCCGCUGGGCGUCCACCUUCACGGCUCCCCGGCCGUGUACGGCAGCGCGGCGGGCUCCCUGCCGCAGGUGCCGGGACUCCUCGCCGCGCCCGUGGCCGCCUACGGCAUGUAUUACCUGUCCUAGGGCUGCAAGGCCGUGGGCCCUGGGGGCCCGCUGGGGAGG